AUGGCGUCGCAACUAGCCGCCGCCCGCGGCCCUGCAUCUCUCGCUCCCUUAAAGCCUUGCCGCGACGCAUGCCGUCGCUCUGCCGCGCCGUCGCUGCAAGUCCAUCGCAACCGUCCGUCUUCGCAAAUAACGCUGAGCCGUUCGCAUCAUCAUGAACGCGCCUCCGGCCUCUCGUCGUCUCGCGUCGCCAGCAUCAAUCAUCGCUCUCUCUUCCCCUCGCUGCGCUCCAAUCGCGCGCUGCCACGUCAGCAGCGCGCGACUGUGGCGAUGGCUGUCGAAGCUGGCGCGUCUGUCGCCGCUGGUUCCGGCAGCGACAGCGCGGCGGCGGAGGCAUGGCGCCCGGAAGCCGAGGCGGCGCGAGAUAAUGAGGCGGGCUCAAAAUUCGUGUGGGAGAAAAACUGGUAUCCUGCAGCCGUGGUGCGCGAGUUGGAUCCGCGCGUGCCCGUGGCGCUGACGCUGCUGGGGCGGCCCGUGGUGAUCUGGUUCCACGCGCCCUCCGCGCAGUGGCUCGCAUUCCACGACCUCUGCCCGCACAGGCUAGCACCGCUAUCGGAGGGGCGCAUACACGAAUCGGGAGACCUGCAGUGCAGCUACCACGGAUGGACCUUUGCUCCCGAUACCUCCUGCACCUUCAUCCCCCAGGCCCCCUCCGAUGGUCCUCCGGUGAACACAUCCCCUAAGGCAUGUUCGAGGGCCUACCCCACGUGUGUGCGGCACGGCAUAGUCUUUAUCUGGAUGGACCACUCGCCCUCCGCUGCUGCCGAAGCUGCUGCCUCCCCCGUGCCCGUCGUGCCCGAGCUCGAAGACCCCACCUUCCAAGGAGACGUCGUGCAGACGGACCUGCAGUACGGGUACGAGCUACUGGUGGAGAAUCUGGUCGACCCUGCCCACGUGCCCUUUGCGCACCACAAGAUCAUGAGCAACCGCAAGUUUGGCAAGCCGCUGGAUCUGACAGUGAACGGCAUCCGAGCAACGGGCUUCCAGGGGUCCAACGACCAGGGCGGCCCCUUUGAGUUCCUGCCGCCCACGCUCGCUCGCCAGGAGAUCAUUGUGCAGCCCAAACCCGGCCAGCCCCCAUCAGACCCUCCCAAGAAGCUCGUGUUAGCCUUCUACUGCAUCCCCACCUCUCCCGGCAAGUCGCGGCUCAUCUUCACCUUCCCCUCCAACUUCUUUCCGCCCAUCGUCGCCCUCGUGCCGCGCUUCCUCACGCACCUGCGCCAGCUCGUCAUCCUCGACUCGGACCACUACUUCCUGCACGUGCUGGAGCGGAGACUGGAAGAAGAAAAGCUUCUCCUGGCUGCUGCCGCGGGAACUAGUGCCAAGCCCCACACCAUGAUCACCAGCAGCAGCAGCACCACCAAUGGCAGCAGCACAAGUAUCAGCACGAACAAGGCGUACUUCACACCGACGAGGUCGGAUGCAUUCGUGACGGCAUUCCGCUUCUGGAUGGAUAACUAUGCCGGGGGAGGCGUUGCCUGGCCCUCCUACGUCAACCCUGCGCUUCCUCCCGCUCUGCCCAAGCAGCAAGUCAUGGACAGGCAAGUGAGCCACAUCAGCAUCUGCAAGACAUGCCAGUCAGCCCAGCGCCUUGCAUCUCGUGUGCGACUUGCCUUGUGGGCCGCGGCUUUUGCCUGCCUUGCUCUCCUCGCCCUGCUCCCCACCCUCGCCGCUCUCCAACGAUUGCCCUUCUCCCUCGGCAUUGCUGUGCCUCUUGCCAUUGGGGCUCUGCUUUUUGCCACAGCUGCCCAUUUUCCCUCGUGCAGCUCUCUCAACCCUCAUCCUUCAGAAAUGGCUGCCCUUGCCGCUACCAUGGCUGUUGCCCCCGUGGCCUCCCUCAAGGCCUCCACCACCCUGAAGACUAGCGUCGCUAAGACCUUCAAGGUUGCUCCUUCCGCUGCUCGCGUCUCCAUGGCCUCCUACAAGGUCACCUUCGAGACCCCCAGCGGUACCUCCACCAUCGAUGUCGCUGACGACGUGUACAUCCUCGACGCCGCUGAGGAGGCCGGACUCGACCUGCCCUACUCCUGCAGAGCUGGUGCUUGCUCGUCUUGCGCCGGCAAGGUCACCGCCGGCAGCGUUGACCAGUCUGGCCAGUCCUACCUUGAUGACGACCAGAUGGCCAAGGGCUUCGUCCUGACCUGCAUCGCCUACCCCACCUCCGACCUGACCGUCCAGACCCACCAGGAGGACAGCCUCUACUAA